CAAGAAAAGAAAAAAUCCCCCACAUCAAUGUCCAGCGACUCUCCGAUCCUCCUCCUCUUCGGAUCAGGUGCCAACACAGGUGCCAACGUAACCCGCGUAUUCUCCGCCAAAGGCUACCGCAUCGCUCAAGUCUCGCGCAGCGCAUCCGGGGAAAACACUGCCGAAAAAAUCUCAAUCGCAGGCGACUUCACCGACUAUGAAUCCAUCCCCUCCAUCUUCGCAAAAGUCAAGGAGCAAUUCGGCGGCAUCCCCAGUGUCGUCGUGUUCAACGCUUCAGGAGUGACCCCCAACGAUGCCUCGAACCCUUUCUCGUUGAAAGUGGAAGAUUUAAACAGAACAUUGAAAAUCAAUACUCUGAGCGCAUAUUCAGCGGCGAAGGAAGCCACCAAAGGGUUUGAACAACUUCCAGCGGAUGCCUCGAGGACGUUUAUUUACACGGGUAAUAUCUUGAACAUGACUACGAUUCCUACCAUGCUGGACCUGGGGGUUGGUAAGACUGGCAUGGCGCAUGUAAUUGAGUCGGCUUCAAAGGCGUUUGCGGACAAGGGGUUCAAGUUCUACUAUGCGGAUGAGCGCUUGGAAGAUGGGUCUCCACUUUAUCAAGGUGUCAAUGGCGAUGCCCAUGCGGAUCAUUUCGCUGAGCUGGUGGAGCAUAAGACGCAAGGCGAGUGGCUGCAGACGUUUGUAAAGGGCAUUGGGUACAAGAAUUUCCGAUAGCUUAAGCAGGCGUGCGAGUGAAGAGUCGUAUUAGUCAGGGUGGCAGUUUGUGAAUAUAGCGCGAAGUAUUCCAUUCAUUUGUGUUAUCUUUCUGAUCAUCGUGGGACUCAAUCGUGGAUCGACUAUGACUUUUCGUAAUGCCUUGGGACUCCCGCCGACGAUUCUGCUAGCUCAGUUAUUACCAGCCCAGUAUUCAACUACUGACCUGGUUGGAAAGAACGCCAGCUCUCGUAACGAUU